AUGUGUGCCGAUGCAGCUCUGUGCACUGCAGGUGCAGCCUGUCCCGAUGUGAGCUACACCCUGAGCUGUGAAGAGGACAAGGCUGUGCAGCAGACUCUCUGCCUGUUCCUGUUCAUCGAGCACAGGGAUACUUUCCACUCCCAGCUUCCCGAUCUCAUAGGGAAUCACGACUUGGUUGUGGAGCACUUGGACCAGGUUCUGCACUCGAGUGCAGAGAUCGUUAGGACAUCGCUUCACUCCCUGCUCCACACAGCCUUGGGGGAGCUUCAGAAAAGACACAAGGACCAGAACAAGAUGAGGUGUGCACUCCGAGUGAUUCGAGAUUCUGUUUCCAGUAUUGUAGCGAGCAGCACCAGCCAAGACUUCAGAGCAGCCUGUCUCAGCAGCAUGCAGGUGAUGGGCUGUCUUAACAUCACAAGAGUCCAUGACACUCCGGAGCUGGUUGCAUCCGUUCACAGAUCUCUGCUGGAGACUGCUGAGAACCGCUGCCGGCCUAGCAGGACCUGUGUCAACAGGAAGAGUUUGACAGCUCCUGAGAGAGUUCCUCCAGAACCCAGCCGAGGGGAACUGUCAGAGACAGAGGACGACAUACUGGAGGACUUGUGUGCUGCUUUCUCAGAUCACAGUGAAGAAGAAGCCUCUGCUACAGACCAGAUGAGACCCAGCACUUCUAAGAGGCACUGGGAGCCUGCAGCAGAGGAUGAGCAGCCAGCUCAGUGUAAAGAGAGGAGGAGAGCCCUGUACCCACUGCACCAUUCCCCAGGCCAGCAGUACCUCUGCACUCAGCCAGCAGAACCGGGCAUCUCUGUGAGCAGGGCUACAGGGGCACAAGCAGGCCAGUACGAAGGCAAAGAAAACCAGAUUCAGUCUUCACAGGAGGAGUUGCUGUGGCUGCAGGAGGUCUCCAAUCUUUCUGAAUGGAACUAG